AUGGAUUUCUUAAACUCAUCUGAUCAAAACUUGACCUCAGAAGAACUGUUCGACAGAAUGCCAUCCAAAAUUCUGGUGUCCUUCAUUCUCUCUGGGCUGGCACUGAUGACGACGACCAUUAACUCACUUGUGAUCGCUGCAAUUAUUGUGACCCGAAAGCUACACCACCCAGCCAACUACUUAAUUUGCUCCCUUGCAGUCACAGAUUUUCUUGUAGCUGUCCUGGUGAUGCCUUUCAGCAUUGUGUAUAUUGUGAGAGAGAGCUGGAUUAUGGGGCAAGUGGUCUGUGACAUCUGGCUGAGCGUUGAUAUCACGUGCUGCACUUGCUCCAUCUUGCAUCUCUCUGCUAUAGCUUUGGAUCGGUACCGGGCAAUCACAGAUGCUGUUGAGUAUGCCAGGAAAAGGACUCCCAAGCAUGCUGGCAUUAUGAUUACCAUAGUUUGGAUUAUAUCUAUUUUUAUCUCUAUGCCUCCUCUAUUCUGGAGGCACCAAGGAACUAGCCGAGAGGAUGAGUGCAUCAUCAAACACGACAACAUUGUUUCCACUAUUUACUCAACAUUUGGAGCUUUCUACAUCCCAUUAACAUUGAUUUUGAUCCUCUACUACAAAAUAUAUAAAGCAGCAAAGACGUUAUACCACAAGAGACAAGCAAGUAGGAUUGCCAAGGAAGAACUGAAUGGUCACCUUUUGGGGAGUGGUGAGAAAAGCAUUAGACUGGUCUCCACACCGUACAUCCUAGAAAAGUCUUUAUCUGAUCCAUCAAUGGACUUUGAUAAAAUUCAUAGCACAGUGAAAAGCCCCAGGUCUGAAUUCAAGCAUGAGAGAUCUUGGAGAAGGCAAAAGAUCUCAGGCACAAGAGAACGCAAAGCAGCCACUACCCUGGGAUUAAUCUUGGGUGCAUUUGUAAUAUGUUGGCUUCCAUUUUUUGUAAAAGAAUUGGUUGUUAAUGUCUGUGAAAAGUGUAAAAUUUCUGAAGAAAUGUCAAAUUUUUUGACAUGGCUUGGAUAUCUCAAUUCCCUUAUAAACCCACUGAUUUAUACAAUCUUUAAUGAAGACUUCAAGAAAGCAUUCCAAAAACUUGUGCGAUGUCGAUGUUAG